ACUAUCUGGCCUUUUAAAUAUGAAUUCCCAGCUGCAAACACCAAUAUCUCUUACUUCCCACAUCUUUUUAUUCCCCACUCUCAAACGUGAACUGGUACAUACACUAUGGAAACACUCCAAAACAGGAUUUCCACCUUAUAUGUUCUUCUCAGAUUGUUUCUAACUUUAUCAGUUUUUUCUUUUCAAAGAGAAGUAGAAUCACUCGGCAUUAAUUAUGGUCAAAUCGGCAACAAUUUACCGCCGCCGGAUAAAGUUCUUCAUCUCUUGCAAUCCCUUAACCUAACGAAAGCCAGAAUUUACGACACAAAUCCUCAAAUUCUAAAGACAUUUGCAAACUCCAACAUUGAAAUCAUAGUAACAGUCGAAAACGAAAUGCUAUCCACAUUAAUGGAUCCGCAAGCAGCACUACAAUGGGUAUCUGUACGCAUAAAGCCUUAUUUUCCGGCAACAAGAAUCACCGGAAUCGCCGUCGGGAACGAGGUUUUCACCGGCGACGACACGGUACUAAUGGCUUACCUCGUCCAAGCCAUGGUCAGCAUUCAUGCAGCAUUAGUCCGAUUAGGACUUGAUCAGUACAUUCAAGUUUCGACCCCAAAUUCUUUAGCAGUGCUAUCAGAAUCAUACCCGCCGUCAGCAGGAUGUUUCCGGCAAGACCUCAAUGGAAUAGUGCCGGAACUUUUACAGUUUUUGGCGACUACAAAAGUGCCAUUUUGGAUCAACGUUUACCCUUAUUUUGCUUACAAAAAUGAUCCAGAUGGCGUUUCUUUAGACUAUGUACUGUUCAACCCUAAUUCAGGCAUGAUUGAUCCUUACACCAAUCUACAAUACGACAACAUGCUAUAUGCUCAAGUGGAUGCAGUAAUAUUUGCACUUGGGAAAAUGGGUUUUGGCGGGUUAGAAGUCGGGGUAUCGGAAACCGGCUGGCCGUCCAAAGGUGAUCCGGAUGAAAGUGGCGCCACCGUGGAGAAUGCAGCGAUUUAUAACCGGAAUUUGCUGAAAAGACAGGUGAAAAAUGAAGGGACGCCCUUAAGGCCGAAAAGGAGACUUGAAAUUUAUGUUUUUGCUUUGUUUAACGAAGACAUGAAGCCUGGACAGACUUCAGAGAGGAAUUAUGGUUUAUUUCAACCUGAUGGAACCAUGGCAUACAACGUAGGAUUCGACACAUUGUCAACUACAUCAAAUCCCUCGGCUUCGAUUUCACUAGAUUCCAGUGGCAUCCAGGUAAAACAAAGGGGAUACAUGAAAAGCUUCCAUUGCUCAGUUUGCUCUAUACUUCUUUAUUUGCUGGCUUUCCAACUUUUCAUGACAAGGGCAGUGCUAAGCAACUUGUAAACAUCACUUUUUGGCACGAGCAAUAGAGUCUUCUUUCGGUCCUUUUGGCACUUCUUGCACGAACAUUUGCUGAUCGACACACACGCCAUACUCCUCUAAAGCAUGUUUUUCUUUAUUUACAUUUUUCCGUUUCGUUGAUCAUCUCCCAAAGAGCUGAAAACAAAUAUAAUUAAAUUCAGAAAUAAUAAUAGAAUCAGACAAUCUUUUGAUGUGAAGAUUCAAGAGAUUUGAAGAUUUUUGAAUGUUUAUCAAUCUAUGGACAUGCAAUGGGAAUCUUGCCGAAUUGAUGAAAGAAAACCCAAGUGAUUCCCGUUUUAGCGUGCACAAAAGGGGAACAACUCAAACCGUGAGAAGGAGAGUAUGAGAGCAAUACGAGAUUUUUCGGACAUGAAAGAUUAGCCUAUCAUUUAAUUUCUAGUAAUAGAAAGUUAGGCCUAAUUAUUUAAUUUCUAGCAAUGUAACAGAUAAAAUUUGUUGUCCCUAUGUAUAUAGAAGAUUAAUUAGUUGAUAGACUGCCUUUCUCUUUGUAAACCAUGUUCAAAUUUCAAUAUUGAAAUGAAGGAAACAGUUAUUAUUCUUGCCCAAUUUGGUUGCA